AUGCCUCCUACGACUGUGGUCACAACGCCGCGGUCGUCCGAUGGGACGCACAUCUACGCAGAGGCGGUGGGCAAUCCCCGCAAUCCCCAUAUCGUCUUCUUGCACGAAGCAACGCUCUGUGGGAAGGUCUUUGAUGAGCUCUUCCAGGACUCCCGGCUGACCGAGCAUCUUUACAUGGUGCGGUACGAUCUCCGUUGUCACGGCAGGAGUGGGACCGUGAGAGGUGCCACUGGACAGACCUCAAUUUUGUAUGCAGACGAUUUUGUGGCUGUCAUGAGCUCCUUCGCAACGUUAACGUGCUGCGCGCUACCAUCAGCCGCAGUUGUCGCUGAUAUAUGCGCCCACGUUAGCCCACCCCCCAUCGCGGGCGUCGUGUUCGUCUCGCCCUUGCCAUUCCUGGGAACGACCAUGACGCAGACUGCGACGCCGCGGAUGGUACAGGUUGUCCAAACGCUUGGCACGUCCCGAGACGCUGUUGAACUAGGCAGGGCCAAGACCGAGUUCGUCGACGGGCUGUUCUCAGGGCCCGCGCGUCGAAUACCUGACACGACCAAGGCUGCUUGGCUCGGGCGCAGCAUUUCCCAGGACCCGGAGUCGACAAAUAACGCGAUCUGUCGCACACACGAUCCCACGAAGCUGCUCGAAGCUGGCCGGCGGGGACUCCCGCUCAUGGUUCUCAUCGGGUCCGAGGACGCGCUCGUGAACAGCCUCGCGGUGGUGCGCGAGCUCCGGCGGCAUUUCCGCAACUUGGAGGCGUACUCCAUCGGAGGCAGCUCCCAUGCACUAUUCAUUGACAGGAAAGACGAGUUCAUACAGCAUCUGCUGAUGUUCGUGGGCCGUCUGGCGGUGAGUCCCCAUCAUUGA